AUGGAAAAAUACAACAUUGGACCCAUUUGCAAACUCCUCACCCGGAACCAUGGUAGGUCGAUUGGUCCUUUGUUUCUAUUGCACCACGACAAAGUCUUCAUGGAGAGCCAAUGGUACCACUUGAAUGAUGUUAUAUUGGAAGGAGGAAUUCCCUUCAAUUGGGCGAAAUUUACAAACGAGAAAUUGGGGAAGAGGUUCAAUGAGGCAAUGUCAAAUCAUACUAAGUUGAUAAUGAAGAGGAUACUUCAGAUUUACAAAGGGUUUGAAGGCCUCAAAGUGUUGGUUGAUGUGGGAGGUGGUAUUGGGGUCACUCUUAGCAUCAUCACUUCUAAGUAUCCUCAUAUUAAGGGCAUCAAUUAUGAUCUGCCUCAUGCUUUAGCAAACGCCCCCUCUUAUCCUGGUGUGGAGCAUGUUGGGGGAGAUAUGUUUGAGAGUGUUCACAAAGGAGACGCCAUUUUUAUGAAGUGGAUUCUUCAUGACCGGAGUGAUGAGCACUGUCUGAAGCUUCUCACCAACUGCUUUGAAGCUCUCCCUGAUAACGAGAAGGUGAUCAUCGUUGAAUCCAUUCUUCAUAUGGCUCCAAAGAACACAGUCUCAACCAACAUUCCCUUCGAGCAAGAUCUACUCAUGCUGGCUCAAAACCCUGGAGGAAAAGAAAGGACCCAGAAGGAGUAUGAGACCUUGGCCAUAAAAUCAGGAUUUUUUGGUUGCAUGGUCAUCUGCAGUGUUUACAACAGUUGGGUUAUGGAGUUCCCCAAGACAGCACAUCCAUAGCUUAGUCCCU